CAUGACUAAAGGAUACGUAACGGUACUUCCGGUAGUCGGUAAGCAGUGCGGUGAAUCGGGGAACAUCGUCGUUUGACAGUGGUCAUAUUUUGAGAGCUAUUUCAAACGUCUUUUGUUGCAGAAGUGUUGUUGUCGCGUCACUGUCCACAGGAGGAGGGACUCUGGUCUGCGGUCAAGGACGAAAUAAAACCGGUUCUGCUGCAUUGCAAGUUUGACACUUCCGCUUCACGGGAGAUAAACAACGUUCGGCAAGAAAUAGAAGCAUUUCGGCCUGGUCAUCAUCAUGUUACUGCGUAAAGUUACUCAAAGUCCUGCGAUCUGCAGCUCUGUCCUCCGUCUGCAGCCAGCUAUUACAGGAGCUCAGCGCCAAACUGGGGCUCUUGUGGCGGUGCAGAAUGCUCGUCUUUAUUCAAGCCAAGCUGCAGAGGCUGUUCUGGACAAGAAUGCGGUUAGCGGCAGCGCCACCAUGACAGCUGAGAAGGUUGAUAAGACGGCCCUUAAUGUGGAGUCAAAAUCUUUUGCUGUGAACAUGUUUAAAGGGCAAAUCAGCACUUCUCAGGUGUUCCCCUUCCCCUCAGUGCUCAAUGAAGAGCAGUCACAGUUCCUCAGGGAGUUGGUUGGGCCGUGCAGUAAGUUUUUUGAAGAGGUGAAUGACCCCAUGAAGAACGAUGCUCUGGAGAAGGUGGAGGAACACACAAUGGAAGGCCUGAAGGAGAUGGGAGCUUUUGGUCUUCAGGUGCCUGCAGAUCUUGGUGGCGUUGGCCUUACUAACACACAGUACGCCAGGCUGGUGGAGAUUGUUGGGAUGCAUGAUCUGGGUGUGGGCAUCACUCUUGGAGCCCAUCAGUCCAUUGGCUUCAAGGGCAUCCUGCUUUUUGGUAACCCCCAGCAAAAAGAGAAGUACCUUCCAAAGCUGGCCACUGGAGAGAACAUUGCUGCCUUCUGUCUUACUGAACCAGCGAGUGGUUCUGAUGCAGCCUCCAUUAAAACCAAUGCAGUUCGCUCCCCCUGCGGCCAGUACUACACCAUGAAUGGAAGCAAGAUCUGGAUCAGUAAUGGAGGCAUUGCUGAGAUCUUCACCGUGUUUGCAAAGACUCCUGUGAAGGAUGAGAAGACUGGAGAGAUGAAGGACAAAAUCACAGCGUUUAUUGUGGAGAAGAGCUUUGGAGGAGUCACACAUGGCCCUCCUGAGAAAAAGAUGGGUAUCAAAGCAUCCAACACGGCAGAGGUGUAUUUUGAGAACGUGCGUGUCCCUGCGGAUUGUGUACUGGGAGAGGUUGGAGGUGGAUUCAAAGUGGCCAUGAACAUCCUCAACAACGGCCGCUUCGGGAUGGCUGCCGCCCUCUCUGGCACCAUGAAGGGUGUCAUCGCCAAAGCGGUCGACCAUGCUGCUAACCGGACCCAAUUUGGCAGCAAGAUCCACAACUAUGGUGCCAUUCAGGAAAAAAUGGCCAGAAUGGCCAUGCUUCAAUAUGUGACAGAGUCUAUGGCUUACAUGGUUAGUGGGAACAUGGACAGCGGAGCCACAGAGUUCCAGAUUGAGGCGGCCAUUAGUAAAAUCUUUGCCUCCGAAGCAGCUUGGCUGGUGACAGAUGAAUGCAUUCAGAUCAUGGGUGGAAUGGGAUUCAUGAAGGACGCUGGUGUGGAAAGGAUAUUGAGGGACCUGCGAAUUUUCAGAAUCUUUGAGGGUACCAAUGACAUCCUGCGACUGUUUGUAGCGCUCAACGGCUUCCAGAAUGCAGGCAAUCAGCUGAAGAGCUUGCAGAAAGCUCUAAAAAACCCUUUUGGUAAUGCUGGAAUGUUGGCGGGUGAAAUCACAAAGAGAGCCAAGAGGAAGGCAGGCAUGGGGACAGGACUGACCCUGCAGGGAAUGGUCCAUCCAGAGCUUAACCACAGUGGAGAAUUGACCGUUAAAGCCAUUGAGCAGUUUGGAGCCGUUAUUGAAGAGCUUCUUCUGAAACAUGGAAAGAGAAUCAUCGAUGAACAGUUUGUUCUGAAGCGAGUUGCAGACUGUGCCAUUGAUCUGUACGCCAUGGUUGUGGUCUUGUCCAGAGCCUCCAGGUCUCUCAGCCAAGGUCACCCUUCUGCCCAGCAUGAGAAGAUGCUGUGUGAAACCUGGUGUACUGAGGCCCAUGAGAGAGUCAUGCAGGACAUCAACUUCCUCAGGUCAGGGGCGUCCAAGCAGACCUUCAAGAACCUACGUGCCAUUUCUGCUGCUGUGGUAGAAAACGGAGGGGUGGUAUCUCCUCAUCCACUGGGCUUUUAAAGCUCUGGCUCCCAUCAGCCAAUCAUGUCAUCUCUAACCAAUCUGUCACAUGCACAUAUUUCUUUACCCAGACUGUGUGCUGCAAUCCUUGACGAGUGGAAUCUGUCACAUUGUGUUCUUCGACCACAGGAGUGCUUUAAUAUUCCAUAUCAAAAUAUGUAAAUGAAUGAAUAGGACGUGUAGAAUAUAUACGAAUAGGUGUACAUCUGAAGAUUGGAUUUGUGUUAGUUUAUAAGUUUAGUUUUUAUAUGUAUAUGCCUAAAUAAUAAUAAUAAUAAAAAAAAGGGUAACAUUGAUCAGUGGUUAACAGAUGCACUCUGAACGAAGCACUUUUCAACCAAACUCUGUCCAUUUGAGUUUUAUAUCAUAUCACAUCUGUUUGUUUUUGUUUUUUAAAAAGGGACUUAUGAACUAAACAUGAUCUUAACAUAAAUACAGAAUGUCUUUAUUACAAAGGUACAAUAACAUAUGAUCUAAGGCCAUACAAAUACUGAAGUGCAGACUAAAUGUGCCAUUGCAGGUAUGAAAGCGAGGCUGUGUGGGAUCGACUUGCUGUGUUUUCAAUGGCAUCUGGUAUAAAUCUCCUAGAUCACGUAAAAUUUUCCACAGCUUUUUUGGGGGUUUUUUUGUCUAUUGAAAUUUCUUGAAGAGAGUUUUUUUUUUUUUUUGCUGUUUCAUCAGCAGAAAAAUCUGAAAACAUUAACUAAUAGUACAGCCCACUGAAGAGAUGUACUGUAUGUUUGUCUCUCACACCCUCGCUUUCAUUCCUGUUAAAAAUCAAAUAUGGCGCUGCUUUGAAUAAGGUCUAUUGUGCCAUUUUUUGCUGAUUUAGAAAUUACAGAUAUAUGAUGCCUGCAAGAGUAAAUGCUACAUUUGGACUCCUAUGUAAAACGGUUUAUCUUAUUCCUUUUUCUGUGGCAUCUCCCAAAAGGCAUGUAAUUACUUCUAAAGAAAAUAGACAAAGAACGUCUGUUAACAAUGCAGCUGCGCUAGCCUGACAGAAUUAUAAAUAUGUGCUCUUUGUUGCUUUCCUUAACAUCUCAAAUCUCUUUUCACAAGUGCAUUAGUUUCUAAAUGGUUAACCAUAUAUUGUAAAGAGACCGUUUACAGGAAAUUGUAAAUGAACGUUAGUGAACUUACUAAAACAGUGUAUCUUGACAUCUGAGGAUGCUGUGGUUACAAACAUAUACAUCAAAUACUACAAAUCUUAAACUGUCACCAGUUUAACAUAUAAGUGACAAUUUAAUUAAACCUGCUUCACAGUAUAA